CAUCUCGAUGGAUACUCUACCCUCGGAACUUCUGGAAUUCAUUUUUGAAGAGUUCACAGCAGUUUUCGACGACGAUCCAAAGACCCUCGCCAGCUGUAGCCUCGUUUCCCGUGCCUUCUGUGUGGCUGCUCAACCGCUGCUCUUUCGCGAGGUCUCUCUGGAGACAAAAAGCAAGAACACUCAAAGCCUCGUCACAGCGCUGAAAGACAGUCCCGGACGCUUAUCAUUGCACGUACGGAAGCUAGAACUGCGUUCUGCACCUUUCAUGCCCCCCAGCGAUGGCGCGCUUUUGGAUCCUGCCUAUUCAGGAGGAUUCUGUCCUUCAAAUGCGUUGGCGUGCGUUGAGCUUCCCAACCUCGUUCAACUAACUGUGGCAGGGCCAUACUACUGCUACUCCACUCCCACACGCAAACACUGGAACAACUUUCCCAUCGUCGUACAAACCUGGAUCCUCGAUAUUUGUACCAGGAGAAAAAGCACCCAACUUUGCUCAUUAACGCUGGAGAACCUUCACGACGUCCCUCCCUCAAUCCUCCAAAUGGGUCCAACCCUCAAGCGACUCACCCUUGUCCACACGACCUUCGACAUCAACAAGCUUCGCGAGCCCGGUGGCUCUGUUCGUGACAGCGAGCCCGCAGUGGCUAGUCUCUGUCAACCGAAAUACCUUGAAUUCAGCCAGGCACGAAGCGAUAUCCUCUAUUUUGACCUCAAGAUAUUUUCAAAGGCCAAAAGCAUUGUGUUUGAUGUCUUCUCCUCCAACCCUGAGAGCUACCCGAAGACGAACGACGUGCUGAAGGCCUCUGAAAACUCCAUCCGCCGAAUCGCCUUCAUGUUGCGGAGGGGUAUUUCUUCCACCCUCAGCCCAGCACUGUGCGACCUUGGGCUAUCGAGGAAUUUGACUUACCUCAACCUCACGGCUGAAAAUACCUCCCGGAGUUGUGUCUCGAAAAUCGCCAACACCUUAUCUACUCUCGUCCCAGGGAUUCCAUUACGGGGACUUUGCCUGGGGCUCUUUGGUGACUGUAAAAUCGGUGUUGAUCGGUACCACGGUCGCAUCCUGUUUAUGUCGGUGCUGGGCGACGAGCACGCUGAUGUUUGGAAGACGCUCGAUGAGACUGUCUCGUCUCUCGCUCGCCGCUUGAGCGCGACCCUUUCGAAAGUACAUGUUCACUUCUGGGUCAACCUGCAACUGCCUGACGGCUUCGACAAGAACGCACCACAGAGCCAACAGAUGUGGAAUGAAAAUCGUCGCAAGAUUCGGGAACUCUAUCCCCCUUUUGCCCAGCUUUUGCCCGAAACCUCCAAGCUUCCGGGGUUCUACGGUGACUUCGACGUUGGGGAUGACCAAAUGGAGUUCUAG